CCUAGUGAGGAGGGAACGAUGGAGUGAGACCGAGUGGUGGGACUGAUCGCCGAUCAUGAACGCCCACGUGUCUGCCGCUCUUGUGUAUGGGAGGCGUGGGAGUGAUGUCAGCUCGAUAUCUAGAAGCAGGAUGAGCUACUUCAAUGCUGGCGGAGGAGAAUCGUUCGAAGAAAUCUUUACCAAGAGCGAAGAGGUGAAGAAGCAGGGUCAACUGUUGAAACUAUGUGCUGGGGGGAGAAACAAUUGGCAGGCAAGGAAUGCUAUCCUCACACACUCUGAGUUCUUGCUUUUGAAACCAGAUCAUAGCCUGAUACGAGAUGUUAUACCUGUGCAUGAGAUUACAAGUGUCAAGGAGGUCGUCGAUAAGGCGAGGCAUGGAGCAAAAAUUGCAGACAUUACCAGGGCCUUUGAGAAACCUUCCAAGGAAUCAAAGAUUCGAAUCGAGAGCCUACGAGAAAAGCCAGAAACAAGACUUUCAAAAGUCCGCAAGUUUAUCAGAAGCGUUUACGAUGCAUACUUCUUUCAAUUGAUGACCUCAAUCUUUAUCCUGUUAAACUUCGUGUCAAACAUAGUGGAAGCCCAGGUGUUCGGGGUGAUCGACUUCAUCUUCACAGUCUUCUUUGGUGUUGAGCUUUUGAUCAACUUGCUGUCACACUGGAUGAGAGAUUUCCUCAAAGACUCGUGGAACAUCUUCGAUCUGGUUGUCGUUAGCGUCUCCCUCAUCUCUCUCCUGCCUCAGAUCAAUAUACCCCUCUUCAACUCCCUCCGAGUGCUGAGGAUCUUCAGAGCGCAUGGGCUCGAUUCUUCCCGUCAUCAACUCUGUCCUGGUGCUGCUUGUCGUCAUAGUCAUUUAUGCGAUUCUUGCUGUCGAUAUCUACCAGAACCGAGACAAGAGAUUCGAAAACCUGCACGAGUCUCUCUUCACCAUGUACCAGGUAUCGACGGGAGACAGCUGGGCGUCAGACAUCGCGAGGUCGCUCUUCUACGUGUGCAUGCAGGACGGGAAAGCCGUCGGCUCGCCGAACCCUCCUGGAGUUCCCACGGGAGUGUGCGAGGUUGGGACAAACGAGUUUGAUCAGGGCACACUAGCCUUUUUCUUCUCCUACUCGACUAUCACAGGCAUGAUCCUCCUCAAUGUUGUCAUUGCAGUCUUGUUAGACAACUUCACAAGAGCUGCGGCAAACGAAGAUCAAAUGAUUCGGAGUGAGAGGGCGAAGGAAUUGGAGGACGCAGACGAGCACCACCAUUCCAAGUUGUGCAUCGACCCGGUCUUGUACGAGCUUGCUCAGUUUGAAAGUCUGGAGCAGCUCAACAAGAUGAUUCUGGAUCUGUUUCAGGCGAUCAACAAGGACGAGAAGGCGGAGCUUUCGUUCCAAGACCUUCAGAAUGGCUUCAGGGCGUUGGGAACGGACCCUCAGAUUCAUCUGUCAGUCGAUGAUUUCGAGUUUCUGACGGAAGAGUAUCAGCUGUGCUCGGCGCAGAAGAAGGUCAACUACAAGAUGUUUGUAAAGAUCAUGAAGCAUCAGCUUGAGAACUUCAGCUCGAGGCAGAUCACCAGGGCUCUGCAAGAGAUGGGUGAUCCGGAUUGCGUGGAGGCUGCCAACCUCGUAGCAAUGAAGCUCCUACUUAUUGAGAAUCGAAAGAAGAUGUCGAGAAAGAUCGCUUGA